UGUGUAACAUUAUUCAUUGAGAAACUAGCAUCCACAUCGGAAGUAAAUCAAAGAUGGUUCGUGUUUUAAGCAGCCUAUUAAGUGUACUAUUGUUGGCAUCGUUCGCAUCGGCUGACUACCAAACUUGCGGCGAUUCAAAGUAUACCACAUUUGCCAGUGAACUGCAAGAUGGAGAAACGAUAGACGGCUUUUGUUCAUGCUUGCGAAAGAACUUGGAAGCGGAUAAAAUUAUACCAGCAGGACUACCAUAUAAUUGUGGCGAAAACUCCGAUGUUGUGGCAAAAUUGGAAUUAAAAGCGACGCCCCUUCCGGUCCCCCAAUGUCCAGAUUGUAAUAAUGGUACUACUACGUGCGAGAAUCUUGUUGGUGAUCCGGAUAGAAUUUGUGCAGUGGUCAAAGCUACGGAGAGCCCAACUAAUCCGAUUGUUGUGAAACCUGUUACCGCCGCAGCUCUGCGAAUCAGAAUCAUAAUUAUAAUUAUUAUUAGGACACGUAGGGUGGACGUUUAUAUUGGCAUUCAGUGGUAAUGACAAGCUGAUGUAAAUAUUGUAAGCAAAAAAAUUUUUGUCUACGCCUUCCGAGGUGGACGCCACUGUAGAAAUAGGUGGUACAUGCCGAUGGAUAGAAUUUUGGAAAUAAAAUGAAUUUUCUU